AAUAUGUAAUACACGUGCAUACCGUGCAAAAUGGCCAAAACAUCGCACAAACCGGGCCCUUUAAAACAGCAAAAUAAAGGCCAUAAAACUGGACGGCAUCGCAGUAAAGGAAAAAUUGACGUAGAAUUAAAAGGGAGAGUAACUGCCAAAGCCAUUUCAAAGAAAUGGAAGAAGGAGCUCAGCAAGGCCGGUCGCAGAAACAAGGCCCUCCAGCUUCGCAAAAAGAAAAGAGAUGAUCUUCUCAAUCAGAAGAGGAUAGGGGGUCAAGAGGCACCUCCAAACUUAGUGAUGGUGAUUCCCCUUCAUGGAACCAUUAACGUUGAUCAAAUUAUUGGCUACUUGAGGGCAGCAGACAGUGAUGCAGUGGAGUAUCCAGGCAACAGUAGUAAUCUCCUGCAUAUUUGCUUACCUCGCUUCAAGAAGAGAUUCACCAUAGUUGUACCCUCCACCAAUUUGUCUGCCAUCUUGGAUACAGCUAAGGCUGCUGACUCGGUGCUCUGUCUGGUUGACCCCACUCAAUGCUGGGACGAGUGGGGUGACCUCUGUCUUUCAUGCCUGUUUGCGCAAGCUUUGCCUUCAGUGACAUUUGCUACAAAGGGGAUGAGUGAUGUACCAAUUAAGAAGAGAAAUGAUGUGAAGAAAACAUUACUAAAGCAAAUAGAAAGGAGAUUCCCGAGUGGCAAGCUAUAUACAGUAGACACUGAACAGGAGAGUAUCUUACUACUUCGACACCUAGCAGAGCAGAAACUCAAUACUAUAAAGUGGCGUGACCUACGACCUCAUGUGUUGGCAGAUGAUGUGACUUUUGAACCCAACAAAAAUGAGGAUGGUAAAGGAACUCUUAAAGUGACUGGUUUCCUGAGAGGAUCAUGCCUGUCUGUCAACGGUCUCGUUCACCUGCCUGGCUUUGGAGAAUUUCAGAUGAAUCGCAUUGAAGCUCCCUCUGACCCUUGCCCUUUGAACCCAAAGAACGUAAGGAGAAAGGGCAAGAAAGCCGAGGAUGGCAUGGCUGUGGAGGACGAUGAAAAUGAGACAAUGGAGGAAGGUUCGAAGCUACUUGAGGUCGUUGACCCUCACAGUCAAGAAUCACUGCAAUCAGAGGCCGUACCUGAUCCUAUGGAGGGAGAACAAACAUGGCCGACUGAAGAGGAACUAGCUGAAGCUGAAGCUGCCUUGAAAGAAGAAAAACCGGAGCGCAUCGUCAAGAGGGUACCGAAAGGAACAUCAGACUAUCAAGCUGCAUGGAUUGUUGAGAGCGAUGGAGAAGAAGAGGAAGAUGAGGAUGAGGAGAGUGAUGAUGAUGAGGAGGAGGAUGGGGAUGCCAUGCUACCGGAAGCGGAAGAUGCAGAAUCCGUAGACGAGGAUCCUUCGGAAGCAGAUGAUAUGGAGUUUGAGACGGUGAGCAUCAGUGGUGGAAGCAAGGAGAACUAUGACGUCCAUUUUGACGAGGAGGAAGAAAAGACAUUGUUAGAGAAGUACAGAGAGGAGAGGAGCCAUGUUAUGUUCCCUGAUGAAGUCGAUACUCCCAUGCAUAUGUCUGCAAGAACAAGAUUUGCUAGGUAUCGCGGUCUGAAGAGUUUCCGAUCAUCACCCUGGGACACUAAGGAGAACCUUCCUCUGGACUAUGCUAGGAUAUUCCAGUUUGAAAGCUUUGACAGGACCAAGAAGAGGGUGCUAUCUACAAGGAAUGAGGGGCUUGCGGAGGUUGGAAACUAUAUCACAAUCCACAUAGAAAAUGUACCAAGAAGUGCUUUUGAUGAUUAUGAUCCAUCCCAUCCACUCGUUGUGUUUGGUCUCCUGCACCAUGAACAGAAGAUGUCGGUUCUUCACUUCACCCUGAAAAGACAUCCAGACUUCACUGAACCAAUCAAGUCCAAGGACCGUCUUGUGUUUCAAGUUGGUUACAGGCGAUUCUCAGCAUGUCCGAUCUUCUCACAGCACACAUCAGGCAAUAAACACAAGUAUGAGAGGUUCUUUCCUAUGGACGCAUUAACAGUGGCUAGUGUGUUUGCACCCAUCACCUUCCCUCCUGCGACGGUCCUAGCUUUCAAAGAGUUGGCGGAUGGAUCCCAUCAGCUUGUAGCAACAGGGACAAUGCUAGGAGUGAAUCCCGACAGGGUAGUGGUCAAGAGAGCAGUCCUCAGUGGUCAUCCGUUCAAGAUCAUCAACAGAGCGGCUGUGGUCAGAUACAUGUUCUUCAACAGAGAGGACAUCAUGUGGUUCAAGCCAGUGGAGAUACGCACCAAGUGGGGCAGAAGAGGGCAUAUCAAAGAACCGUUAGGCACCCAUGGACAUAUGAAGUGUAUCUUUGAUGGGAAGAUGAAGUCUCAAGACUGUAUAAUGAUGAACCUAUUCAAACGCAUGUACCCCAAGUGGACCUAUGAUGCAGUGGGAGUAGGCACGCUUCAUAUAACUGCACCAAGUCAGCACUUCACAGAUGACAUGGAGUCCCUGUAAAGUCCUAUUCCUAGCUCACUCCCUUCAUUUCUAAUUACCCAUUGAAUAACUUAAUAACCUACAUAUUAAAGGAGGCAUGUUGGUUCAGUGGAAGAGCGAUGGUAUUGUAACGAAGGGGUCCUGGGUUCAAAACCAAGUCAGGCCCUUGUGCCUGUCAGUAUGAAAUACAUACUUAUUCGUAAUUACCAGAUCUCUUUGAUAAGACUUGCAGCCAUAUCCUUUGUUUGCUUGUCUACAAGCAUUUACUGUCUUACUUAAUCCGUUGAAUUCUGAAUUCUCUCAUUCCCAUAGACUUAAUACAUGAAUUAUCCGGUUUCCGUAGGCAAUGGGUUAAAGAUAAAGACCAGUUAUGGUCAUGCGAAUGCAUUGUGAAAGAAACAUUGUGAAAUCGAUCAGAAAAGGUUGAUCAUCUAGCAUAU